UGGCCCGCGCUCGCUUUUGCCCUUCCUUGCGACCCUUCAAGAACGACCCAAGCAAAAAAGACAAGUCGCCCGUCAGUCUCUCUCCUUAGUCGUGGUUAGUGAGACGGAUGCGCGGACAAGGACAAGCGAAAAAACCAACCACCACCGGCCGGCCACCAUGACACACUCAAAACCACCUUUCCCCGUUUCUUCUUCCCCGUCGCCCUCGCCCUCGCCCUCGCCCUUCCACCACCGUCACCUCCGUCAUCCAGUCCAUCUCACCUCGCUGCCUCCCACCGCUCGACUCUCUGCCCAUCGCCAGCGCCGACGGGCUGCCCCUAACCUAAUUACCUCGACUCCUUCUUCCGCUCCUCGCCGGAAGAGGGCCACCAGGGAGCCAAAAAAAUAAAUAAAUAGGAGCCACGCCGGACCGGAAAACUCUGCCCAAACCUGCACGCUGCCUGUAUAACACACCGCACACCACACCCACCGCAGAGCAAUGGCCGGCUCAGACACCUCGUCGACCUCCUCGCAGCCAGCAGCCAGCUCUGCCAGCACCGCCAGCAGCACCGCCUCCAAGAUGAACAGGAUAGUCGUCCUCUCGCUGCCGCCAGCCCUCCUCAGCCGCUUCCCCAGAGGCAGCAGCGGCAAUGCCAGCGAGGACAGCCAGGCCAACAAGGAGGACCAGUCCAGCUCGCCGUCGACGCCGCCGGCUGCUCCUCUCACCGAUAACGCCUCAGACGGCGACGCUGCCUCGACCGCUGCCGGGCCUGCCCCUUCGACUCCCUCAGCUUCGGGCUCUGGCUCGGCUGCUGCCACCGCCAAUGGGCCUACUUCAGCACCAGCCUCGGGGUCGGGGGCUGCAAAGGCAGGGACCAAGCGAGGUGCUCAGCCUCUGGGUCCAGACGGCCUCCCUAAACCACGAGGCAAGCCGGGCCCCAAGAAGAAACCAAGACUGGAAGACGGAGAGACUCCUUCUCGUCCACCCCCUCCACCUCACCACCGCCUGGGGCCCAAGGCCAACCAGGGGGCCAUCAACGCCUGCCUGCGUGCUCUGGACCGCUCAGGCAAGCCCUGUCGCAAGUGGGAGCGAAAGUCCUUUCAGCUCAAGUCCUUUACCGGUGUGAUAUGGCAGGUUCCUAGCUGGGGGGCUCCUCCUCGCCCCAAGCCAACGCCGGAGGAAGAAGAAGAGAAGCAGAAAGAAAAGCAAGCUACCAACGGAGAGAAGAAAGACAAGGAGAAAGACAAGAAGAGCGAGAAGAGUGCAAAGAGUGAGAAGAGUGAGAAGAGCACUGCUGAUCCUACCGAAGCUGAGCCUGAAGCCGAGAGAGAUGCUACGCCUGCCGGAAGCAUGAUGGAUAUCGACUCUCCUGCUCCUGUUGCCGUUGCUUCCUAGUCUUCCGCUUAUCUCCCUCCUUUUUUGUUUUCGAUUCUCCCAUUCUCUUCUUCCCCCCCCCC